ACAACUGUUGAAGAUGUAGAGUCAUUCAGUCCUCAGCCGGCGUGCAACAAGGAACGAUACUUGCUCCUACACUAUUCUAUCAAUAUGUGUGACGACGAUGUUGCUGCGUUGGUUAUCGACAACGGCUCCGGCAUGUGUAAAGCCGGGUUCGCCGGUGAUGACGCCCCAAGAGCUGUUUUCCCCUCCAUCGUGGGUCGUCCCCGUCAUCAGGGUGUGAUGGUCGGUAUGGGACAGAAAGACAGCUACGUCGGUGACGAGGCUCAGUCCAAGAGAGGUAUCCUCACCCUCAAGUACCCGAUUGAGCACGGAAUCGUCACCAACUGGGACGACAUGGAAAAGAUCUGGCAUCACACCUUCUACAACGAACUCCGUGUGGCUCCAGAGGAGCAUCCCGUUCUACUGACAGAGGCUCCCCUUAACCCCAAGGCCAACCGUGAAAAGAUGACCCAGAUCAUGUUCGAGACCUUCAACUCUCCAGCUAUGUAUGUGGCCAUCCAGGCUGUUCUGUCUCUGUACGCUUCUGGUCGUACGACAGGUAUUGUUUUGGACUCUGGUGAUGGUGUUACCCACACUGUUCCCAUCUAUGAGGGUUACGCCCUUCCUCACGCUAUUCUCAGGUUGGACCUUGCUGGUCGCGAUCUCACUGAUUACCUGAUGAAGAUCCUGACUGAACGUGGUUACUCCUUCACCACCACCGCUGAAAGAGAAAUCGUCAGGGACAUCAAAGAGAAGCUGGCUUAUGUUGCACUUGACUUUGAGCAGGAAAUGCAGACUGCUGCCUCUUCCUCUUCAUUGGAGAAGAGCUACGAGCUUCCCGAUGGUCAGGUCAUCACUAUUGGCAACGAGAGGUUCCGUUGUCCAGAGGCCCUCUUCCAGCCAUCCUUUUUGGGUAUGGAAUCAGCCGGUAUCCACGAAACAACAUACAACUCCAUCAUGAAGUGUGAUGUUGAUAUCCCUAUGUAUGUGGCCAUCCAGGCUGUUCUGUCUCUGUACGCUUCUGGUCGUACGACAGGUAUUGUGUUGGACUCUGGUGAUGGUGUCAGCCACACUGUCCCGAUCUACGAAGGUUACGCCCUUCCUCAUGCCAUAAUGAGAUUGGACCUUGCUGGCCGUGAUCUCACUGAUUACCUGAUGAAGAUCCUGACUGAGCGUGGUUACUCCUUCACAACCACCGCUGAAAGAGAAAUCGUCAGGGACAUCAAAGAAAAGUUAGCUUACAUUGCUUUAGACUUCGAGCAGGAAAUGCAGACUGCUGCUGCUUCGUCUUCAUUAGAGAAGAGCUACGAGCUUCCCGAUGGUCAGGUCAUCACUAUUGGCAACGAGAGGUUCCGUUGUCCAGAGGCCCUCUUCCAGCCAUCCUUUUUGGGUAUGGAAUCAGCCGGUAUUCACGAAACAACAUACAACUCCAUCAUGAAGUGUGAUGUUGAUAUCCGUAAAGACUUAUAUGCUAACACUGUUCUCUCAGGAGGUACCACCAUGUUCCCUGGUAUCGCCGACAGAAUGCAGAAGGAGAUCACAGCUCUCGCUCCUGCAACAAUGAAGAUCAAGAUCAUCGCUCCCCCAGAGAGGAAAUACUCCGUCUGGAUUGGUGGCUCCAUCCUUGCCUCUCUGUCCACCUUCCAGCAGAUGUGGAUCAGCAAACAGGAGUACGAUGAGUCAGGCCCAUCCAUUGUUCACAGAAAGUGCUUCUAAGCCACACUCGGUGUA